AUGGCUGGCCUGCCAUUCGCGGUGCCAGACAUCUCUGACAAUGCAGAAGGAUGGGGGCCUUCGUCCGAGUCGAUCCCGCCGCACCUGAAGGACGUGCCCUUUGCGCCUUUCAGCAAGACGGACAAGCUGGGCAAGGCGGCUGACUGGACCAACCAGUACAACCAAAAGUACAGCGGCCGCCAGAACCCGGUGGCGACGGUCUUCACGUUCUUCCAGAAUGAGGAGGAGGACAACUUCCACAUCGUGGACAACCGCCCCGUGAAGACCAGCAAGUUCCAGCAGCGGCGCGUGCAGCAGCAGCGCUUCCAGCAGCAGCGGCGCGAGCGCGAGCAGCGCGAUGGGGAGCGGAAGAAGCCCACCGACAGGGGGCCGCAGGGCGGGCGCGGCGGCCGCGGCGGCUUUGGCGGCUUCAGGCAUGAUCAGCAGCGGAUCCAGUAUGCCCCCAGCGUGGACAUCCGGCCUGAGUGGGCCGUCAAGGAGCAGAUCCCCUUCAGCGCCCUGGCAAAGCUGUCCUGCAGGGUGGAGCGUCUGGCGGGCCCGCUGGGUGGCACGGGCUGGGAGAGACGGCAGUGGUUGCACCAGGACGACCUGGGUCGCCUGGGGUGGUUCGAGGGAGGUGACGGCUGCUCGGCGCCUUGUGGAUGGCGGCGUUGCAAAGGGCGGCACUUGGCAGGGCAGCGUGAGCAGCAGCGUUUGAGCGCACUGGCUGACUGGACGCGGCCGACCGGCAGCGGCUGGGCGGCAGCAGCCGGCCAGGGCGGCAGCGGCGGGUGCGGCAGCGGCCAGGCGGCAGCAGCCGGCCAGGGCGGCAGCGGCGGUGUGGGUGACCCCACCGACCUGGGUGACUACGGGUCUGUCGAGUUCUACGACAAGGCCUACGACAAGAUCACCGCGCGGCAGGAGAAGACUCUGGAGCGCACGCAGCGCGGCUUCCGCAACGUGACGACCAGCGACGACCCCGUGGUGCGCAAGCUGGCGGCGGAGGGCGCGGGCCGCGUGUUUGCCACUGACAGCAUCCUGGCCACACUCAUGACCGCCAAGAGCAGCGUGUACAGCUGGGAUGUCGUCAUCACGCGUGUGGGUGACAAGCUGUUCAUCGACAAGCGUGACGGGGGGCCCCUCGACAUGCUCACGGUUAACGAGACAGCCCCAGAGCAGAUCCCCGAGGACCGCGACAACAUCAACGGGGUGCAGCAGCUGGCCCUCGAGGCCACGGCGGUCAACCAGUACCGCAAGUGGCAGCUGGCCCCCGGUCUGGACAUUGUUGUGCGCUGCGAGGUCAACGCUGCGUUGACCACCCCCAAGGGCGAGGUGCAGCUGGCGUCCAUCAAGGCGCUCAACGAGUGGAACCUCAAGGAGACGGACUGGCGCAAGAAGCUGGACCAGAGCCGCGCAUCGAUGCUGUUGACGGAGGCCAAGAACAACAAGGCCAAGGUGGCACGCUGGACGGUGGAGGCCCUCCUUACGGGCUGCGAGGCCAUCAAGUGGGGCUACGUCACGCGCGCGGGGCCGCGCGACAACGCCAACCACGUGGUGCUCAACGUGCAGACCUCCAAGCCGCGGGACUUUGCGGGGCAGAUCCAGCUGUCUAUGGAGCACGGCUGGGGCAUCGUGAGGGCGCUGGUGGACAUGAUCAUGGCCAUGGACGAGG